AUGGGUUCGCUCGGCAGCUUCCUGAUAGUCUACGUGCUCGGCGGAAUCACCUUCCUCCCGAUCGUGCUAGCGUUGCUCAUUCUCCAUGCCAUCCUGACCCUCCCGCCUGCUCCGCGCCGCAGCGAUUCCGCCCCAGCCGUCCAUUCCCUCAGCCGACCCGCCGACGACGAGUAUAGCCUCAAGUCCGGUACGGACCAGCUCGCCGAGCAGUUCCACCGCACGCACGUGUCCGAUGUGGCCGCGGGCUAUUUUGCCGUUUGUCGCGAAUAUGUCCCCGGCGGCGUGAAUGGGAAACCUCCUGAGCGGACCACCCCGGCGGGCGAGGUCGUGGCCGCCGAGAGUCCCAGCGUUUAUCAGUCUAUGUACCGGAGCUUGUUUGAUCGAAAGCAGGCGCCGAGUAUCGAGCCGGCCAAGUCGAAUGGGAAGAGCACGAAGCGCGCGCGCAAUGUGUUUUAUAUUGUGUUGAGACAUGGCCAUCUCAUGCUCUAUGACGAUGCGAACCAGGUCGAGGUGCGAUACGUCAUUUCGCUUGCUCAUCACGACGUGAGCAUCUACAGCGGCGGCGAGGAGGAUAUUCCCGAGGGUGAAUUGUGGCUGAAGAGAAAUGCCAUCUGUCUCUCGCGGCGACUGGAUUCGCUGGGCGAUCUGGGUGGUCCCACGCCGCCGUUCUACUUGUUCUCGGAGAAUCUGUCGGAAAAGGAGGAUUUCUAUCAUGCCAUGCUGCAUAACCAGUCACGCAUGUGGGACUCGGCGGAUCGCCCGCCUAAGUAUCAGGAGUUUGACGUGAAGGAUAUCGUCACCCUGGUGCAGCGCCUGCAUUCGUCGGAAGAGCAGUUGCAGACGCGGUGGAUUAAUGCGAUUCUGGGCCGCUUGUUUCUGGCGCUGUAUCGGACGCCGGAAUGGGAGGAGUUCAUUCGGGGCAAGAUCACCAAGAAAAUCUCGCGCGUGAAUAAGCCCAGUUUCGUCAGUCGCAUUGGCUUGCAGAAGAUUGACCUCGGCGAAGGCGCGCCUUUAAUCACCAACCCGCGACUCAAGGAUUUGACCGUUGACGGCAACUGCUGUGUCGAGGCUGACAUGCAAUACACGGGGAACUUCCGGGUUGAGAUCCAGGCCACAGUGCGAAUUGAUCUGGGUCAACGGUUCAAGGCACGGGAGGUGGAUAUUGUGUUGGCUGUCGUGCUGAAGAAGCUGGAAGGUCACCUCUUGGUGCGGGCCAAGCCUCCGCCCAGCAACCGAUUCUGGAUGGCCUUUGAGACCAUGCCCCGGAUGGAGAUGGACAUCCAGCCGAUUGUCAGCUCCAAGCAGAUCACGUACGGCCUUAUUCUGCGCACAAUUGAGAGCAAGAUCCGCGAGGUCGUGGCUGAGAGCAUCGUCCUGCCGUUCUGGGAUGAUGUUCCCUUCCUGGAUACCCUUGGCCAGGCUUUCCGCGGUGGCGUCUGGCAGCGCGAUAUCCCCGAGCCAGACCUUCGCCCGGAAAUUCCGGAUGAGUCUGAAAGUACGGUGCCGGGAACGCCGAAGAGUGUUCGCGCAGAAGGAGGAGCGGAGGUGCUCAAGGCCAAAGACGAGAAGACGAUGAGCAUGCCCGUUCUUCCGGAUCCCAGCGUAACCAAACUCAAGUCACGCAAAGGGCCCAAAUCUCCCAUCUCGGAACGGUUCUCUCAUUCGCCUUCCGCCUCUUCCACCGGGAUCGAUCGGUCGGAUAGCGUGCCGUUGCCUCGAGCCAUUCGAACUUCGCAGACCUUCUCGCUUGCGGCCGACCCGGUCGUGACGGCGGAUAAUGCCAAGGUCGACCCGGUGGUCUCGGAGAGCAAGGGCGAGGAAAAGACCAAUGCGACCAGCUCCAUGAUUGAAAUCCGAAACCGGUCGCCGCCUGCAUCGCCGUCUCACACCCCGAGCAGCUCGCCGCCAACGGCUGGACCCAUGAUGCCAGAAUAUGCACUGCACAGCCGCGAACCGUCCAUCGCGGAGUCGAUCGACAGCGUUAGCUUUGUCAAUGACAACGCCAUUGAACGCCCUUCUCCUGCCCGACUCGAGAGCAACUCUUUCUCCAGCUUGAGAAGCUCCCGCGGCAGUUCAUCUACAUCGGUUGCAAGCGAUAAACCCAAACGGCGAAGCACGAUCGAAACCAUCACCAGAUCGAUCACGUCGGCCAGCUCAUCAGACGACAAGCCCAUGACCAUUGGAGCCGCUACCGCGGCCGCAAAGAAAUGGGGCUGGAACGUCUUCGGCAAAGGCGAUCAGAAUGGUCCUUCAUCCGAGCAGCGUCACGCAGGAACCCCCGACCAACCGAUCGGACGCGGCCAUCCUCAUCCAGCGCCCGGAGCGCCCCUUCCACGCCCCGAGAAAUACUCUCUGAAAAAGACGCAGGCGUCUCUCCCCAAACGCAAGCCCGUUCCCCCGCCGUUGCCCGACCGUCCUAGAACCGUUGGUGAGCAGCGUCGCCCCGUGCCGCCUCCGCCGCUGCCGCGCAGGAAACCGGCCCCGCCUACCGUGCGCACAGAUGGUGGUAGUGCGGAUGAGUUGCUUGUGGUCGAGGCGCCGCGGGACUCGGAGCCGAGUAGCCCGGCACUGGGUGAGUUGCAGGAGGAUGGGCGCUUGCCAGAGGAGGCACAGGAGCCGGAGCCGGAGCAGAGUGCUGUUUCUGAGAUAUCGACCCCGGUUGAGUCGAAUACAGUUGACGACGAGACUGCGGGUUCCGUGGAGAGUGAACCCCCAGUCCCAGCUGAGGAGAAGGCUGCUGCUUCUGUUGAGGAGAGCGAUACACCCACCCCGGCGGAUUUGACUACUACCACCACUACUGCUGAUGAUGAUGAAGAAGAAGAUGAAGAUGAAUGGGAGGGAGAAGCCGGACAAGAGAUUCCGUCUCUGGGCGCUGUGGAUCAGACGCCCUCCUCGACGGAGGAUAACGGCAUUGAAGAAGCGUUGCCGCCGACCGAACAUGCAGCGCCGGCGCAGUCUCUGGAGACGGAACCCACACCUGUGUGA